AUCCGCGCUGCGCAUGCGCGCUGACGGUACAAGCAGACGGUGAGACGGUACGGAACUGUAAAUCGAAAGUGGGAACAAAACGGACAAAACAUGAAGUAUUACUGAAGAUUAUUCUCAUAUUCAGAAGACGCACCGUUUAAACUAGAGGAGAGGAUGAGUUUCCAAGCUUUGGAUGUAGUUUCACACUUAUGGAGAAGUUCCCUGUCUUCUAGUUCGUACAGUUCGAGGAAGAGAGAUUAUGUCUGUCUGCACGGGCUUCUGAUCUAAAGAAGGCCGCCCGGACUCUUUGUGAACAGAAGGUCAUGAGAACGUUAGUAUGGGAAUCUCUCCACAUCCUCCACAGAUCUGCGCCCUCUCUUUUGGACUCUGCUUUUCAGCUUACUUCACUAGUUUAGGGGGAACCAGGGGAACUGGAAUGGCUAUGUCAUAAUCUUUAUUUGUGUGGAUUUGGCCUGCUGGAAGAUCCAACCAAAGCUCUGUUUUUGUCUCAGCUGACCAAAGAAACUGAUUCCCAGUUGCGUCUUGCGAACUCCAGGUCAGUCAUGCAGUCCUGCAGUUCUGCUCUCUGUAUCCUGAUCUUACUGAUCACUACAUUCACUACUGUGUCUGUAUCAGCUGUUCUUCCACUGAAGGUGAAUCUUCAUGACUCUGCUACUCUGUCCUGCUCUGAGAGAUGUUCUGGUUUGGUCAGAUGGUCUGUGUUCCAUAAAUCCACUGAUGCUCUGGCUGAGUGUGAUCAGACUUCAUGUAGAUCAAAGGAGGGAUAUCAGAUGAUCCAUGAUCAGUACCUGAAGGGGAAUCUCUCUCUCAUCAUCACUGACGCUGAUUUCAGUAAGAGAGGCUGGUACACGUGUCAGUGCGAUGGUAAAGACAUCUGUGAUGUGCGUCUACAGAUUGAGCCCCUGAACACUCCUGUUCAAUUAAAACCUGGUGCAUCUCUGGAGAUGAAUUUGGAUGUGUCAGAGCCAGUGGAGGUGCUUUUCUACAGCACAGCUGGACCAUCCAGUGGUCAAAUCUGUAAAGUGGCUGGACGCUUACUAGAGUGUAAACCUGAAUAUAAACACAGAGUAUCACUAACAUCUGCUCUUGAGCUGAGAGGAAUGACUCCAUCUGAUAGUGGAGUUUAUGUCAUACAGGACACCAAGAAUAAAGAGGAUAUUCACAUCUACAAAGUGACCGUCCAAGAUAACCAGCUGUAUCUGGACAGAGAUAAAAGAGCUGCUGAACCAAACUGGAUGCAGGUGCUCAUAGUGGCCAUAGUUGCAGGUGUGUGUGGUGGAUCAGCAAUACUGAACGAGCUAUUGAGGAGAGAAAUUCAAGAGCUCACGAAGGCAAUGAAACAAGACAAAAAAGAGACAGAUGCAAAUGGAAAAGAAAAUGCUGAGAAACUAUUAAGCUCCUACAAUCCUUAGGUAUACACAGUCCUAUUCGAACUGAUCUCACAGUAAUGCAAUAACAAAACCUGCUAAUAGACAUUGGUACCUCUUUUUUCAUGAGCGGGAGAUGAGACUAACUGCUAACAUGGAGAUCUUGCUUAUUCAGAUUUUUUUGGUUUAUUUUUUAAUAUGACUAAUGAUUUUGGCUACCGGUUAGUAGUUUAGGAGGCAUGGUGGUACAGUGGGUGGCGCUGUAACCUCACAGCAAGAAGGGCCAGGUUUUGAUUCCCCAGCUGGACAACCAGGAUCCUCUCUGUGUGGAGUUUGUAUGUUCUCCUCAUGUCUGUGUGGGUUUCUUCCCACAGUCCAAAGACAUGCAGUCAGCUGAUUGCACAUGCUAAAUUGCCUCUAGGUGUGAAUGUGUGUGAAUGUAUGUGUCUGUAUGUCUGCCUUAUGAUGAACUGGCGACCCGUCCAGUGUCUUUCCUGCCUUCCGCCCCAUGACCGCUGUUAGGCUCCAGCACCCCCAUCCCCCGCCCCCCAACGAGUCCGAAGGAUUAGCUGUUUAGAAAGGGUGUGUGUGUGACUAGUUUAAAUGUUGCACCUCGACAACAGUGGAAAAAAGAAACAAAGGAUCAGAACCAGAUCUGGCAACCAAUCGACAAUCCAUUAAAAUACGUCUGGAUUGGCUCCAUGCUCUAUUAAUCUUGUCUGUAAACUCUCAAAUUCCACCGUCUGCCCACGUAAAACUAAUUCAGCUUCUAUAGGGCUUUACUGAAAGUCUGAACUGAGGGAUGUUUGACUCUACAGUAGAAAGCAAGUAAGUAUUACCAAAGGACGCAUUGUUAAGGACAUAAUUAAGCAGUCAGAGCGUGGCUGUAGCUAGCCUAACUGGUCCAGCUCGCAUUAGCUGGAAGCAAAGUCAAUGAUUUAUUUUUUUUACUGUUUGCUCAGGAUUAUUAAGAAUGUGUACAUUAUUAUUUUGUGCCUUAAUGUACAUCCUGAAUGCUUGCAAUAAUGAAGUGAGGAGUUUUUAUUGCACAUUUAUCUUCUAUUCUGUUCUAAACUGUUCUCAGUCAGGUGAUAAUGAUGGAGGACUCACCUGACUCAGUUCUGUUUAGAAAGAGAACACAGCAAUAAUGUAAACUGGCCUCUGAGUCCCAAUAAGAGGACCCAUGUGUAUAUUUUGUUAUGUGAAAUGAAAUGAUGUAUACAUGCAGAGAGAAAUGUUCCCCAUGUUUUUUUCAGUGUGAAUUUUAAGUACAGCUCCAUAAUUUUUGGCACCCUUGGUAAAUAUGUGCAAAAAUGUAAAUAUGAAAUAAAUAUAACUUACCAAUAUCCUCUCUUUUAGACUCUGCUCUUCAGCUCACCCAAAAUUUUCAGGGGUUUAGGUCAGGGAACUGGGAUGGCCAUGUCAAAAGCUUGGUUGAACAAUGUUUUGAACUGUCGUCCUGCUGAAAGAUCCAACCAGGAUCCAUGUUUUAUGCUUUUGGCAGAGGCAACCAGAUUUCAUUCAUUCAUUUAAAGUUUUCUGAUAAUUAAUUGAGCCUGUGAUGUCAUGUAUCUUAACAAGGUUCCCAGGACCUUUGGAGGAAGAACAGCCCCAAAACAUCACAGAUCCUCCACCAUACUUAGCAGGAUGGUUAUAUAUUUUCUGUAUAAGCAUCCUUCUCUUUUUUUAUUUUUAUUUUUUAUUAUUAUUUUUUUACAUACUAUGUCAGAUUCUUUUACUUCAAUACAGUGACGGAAAUUCAGUUUUCCUUGAUAUGGGCCCUUUAAAUGUCCUCUUGACACACAACAGAUGCUAAAUAAGGUACAAAAGGAAAAAAGUAUGGUGUUUCCUGCCUUUACAGCGACUUUGUCUCUUCGCAAUCCUUGUUAUGAAAUAUAGAUCACUCAUUUGGAUUCACGUGGUUGACUCUCUCACCCUGCGUUAACGCGAUUAUGUCCGAAAAAAGCGUCAGCAGGGGUGCAAACCAGCAAUGACACUCAACAAUGACAUGCUUCAGUUAUGGGAGUUUAGUAUUUGCAUAAUGUUCUCCAGCAUGGAGUGCUGGUGUCAGUUCAGUCAUCAGAAAGAGCUGGGGGAGGGGGAUGGGGGGGGGCAUUGAGCUGCCACUCAGCAAGAGUUUUAGAGCGUCCGACUAGGCUGUUGUGAGCGCCGGAUGAAGUCAAACAUGCUGUGACAUUUAAAGAAAGCUCUUAUACAAGUGAAAAAGCACAAAGGAUUUUUUGCGGCAAAAGAGAUACAAAUAGUACAGCUGGAAUGAAAAGGCAAUAAUUAUUUGGUCAGUUCAGUACAGCAAAGCCUCAGAGUUGGGGGUGAGGCCAGUGAGCAGAGGAAGAGGAGGCACCUUUGACACUUUCAUUAACUGCUUCAUUAAUUAUCACUGCUCAGGAUGCAGUACAGGAUGGCAUGUGCUGCCUUCAUACUAGUUACAGCAUUUCAUUAUGUAAUUUCUUUCUCAAAUUUUACACAAACCAGCUGAAAGUACCUCAGCACUGGAAUAAUAUAUGAAAAUUUGACCUAUUAAUGCUCCGCCCAUAAGUACAUUUAUUCACAUCCAUCAUAGAUAUGGUAGCUGUCAGAACAAGAUCUUGUAUCUCCAUUUUUUAUGUUGACAUGAUUGGGAAGCUUUUACACUACAACAAAAUUUCAUGGUGAAUAGACCAAAAGAAAUGAUCAAAAAUUUACCACUUGUAACCAUUUUGGAGAUACGAAGUCCUGAAAUUGAGUGUGUUUA